AUGGCCCCUCAAGCAUCUCCACGCAAGCUCUGGGAGCAUCCAGACCCAGAGUCCACCCAGAUGGGGCAAUUCCGACGGGCUCUGGAGAAGCACACUGGGCAACACUUCCAGGGAUACCAUGAUCUCCAUAACUUUUCCAUUACCCAGCGAGCCACCUUCUGGGACUUCUGUUGGAAAUACGCCAAUCUUAUUCACGAGGGGAGUUAUGCCUCCGUUGUCAAUGAAUCCGCCCGGAUGGAUAGCAUUCCUCACUGGUUUUCGGGGAUUCAGCUGAACUUUGCGGAGAACCUACUUUUCUCGGCGUCCGGGGAUGGAAGAUCCACGACAGGCAAGGAAGACGAGAAGAUCGCCGUGGUUGAGGUCCGCGAGGGCACAGCCGCCGUGCCUCUUACGUGGAAAGCACUCCGAAGUCGAACGGGUCGGUUAAUGCAAGCAAUGAAAGCACAUGGGGUCAAGAAGGGCGAUCGCAUCGCGAUCUGCGCCAGCAACAGCAUCGACACGUUGCUAGUCUUCUUGGCUACCACGGCGCUGGGUGCCAUUUUCUCCUCUAGCUCAACGGACAUGGGCGUGAAGGGGAUCUUGGACCGACUGUUACAGAUUCGCCCUCGCCUGUUAUUUAUGGACGACCAGGCCGUGUAUAAUGGCAAGACAAUCGACCUGCGAUCAAAGAUGACGGCGGUUGUCAAGGGCAUGCAGUCCGUGGGUGAGUUUCAGGGAAUUGUCUCCCAAUCGCGCUUUGCUUCUCGGCCAUUAGAUGUCAACCAUGUGCCGAAGGCGCAGCCCAUUGCGGCGUUUUUAGCCCAAUCAACUAGUAACACCCUAGAAUUCGAGCGAAUGGCAUUCUGUGAUCCUUUCCUUAUUGUGUAUUCGUCUGGGACCACCGGCCAGCCGAAAUGUAUUGCGCAUUCGGUUGGAGGAGUACUCCUCAAUGCCUACAAGGAGGGGCAAUUGCAUAUGGAACUGGACGAGGCCAGUGUCGUCUUGCAAUAUACCACAACCGGCUGGAUCAUGUAUCUAUCGGCCAUCCAAACCCUACUGUUCGGAUCCCGGGUCAUCCUCUACGAUGGCAGUCCCUUUCUCCCGCAUCUUUCCUCACUGAUUAAGCUCGCGGAACAGCAGAGGGUCACCCACUUCGGCACCUCUCCACGAUACAUGUACGAGCUCCAAAAGGCGAACAUCCAACCGAGACAGAUCGCGAAUCUGAGCUCGUUGACAAUGGUCACCAGCACUGGAAUGGUCCUCCCGGAGUCUCUCUUUGAGUGGUUCUACGACCAGGGCUUCCCACCGCACGUGCGUCUCAACAAUAUUUCGGGGGGGACCGAUCUCGCCGGGUGCUUUGGCAUCGGCAAUUCGCUUCUUCCUGUCUAUGUGGGUGGUUGUGCCGGAAUGAGCCUCGGGAUUCCAGUUGAUGUCUACGAUCCCAGCAUCGAGGGUGCGGGUGUUCAAGGGGUCCCGGUAGAGCCAGGGGCUGCCGGUGAGCUUGUGGCCACCGCCGCGUUUCCCAACAUGCCUGCUUGCUUUUGGGGUCCGAACGGACACAAACGGUAUCACGGUGCCUACUUCGCGCGCUUCGACAAUGUCUGGACCCACGGUGACUUUGUGUCAGUCCACCCGGUCACCAAGCAGUUGUUCUUCCACGGCCGGGCAGACGGGGUCCUGAACCCGUCUGGCGUUCGAUUCGGCUCCUCGGAGAUAUACCAGGUCAUUGAAAGUGAAUUUCCGAGUGAGGUCGUGGACUCGAUCUGUGUCGGCCAGCGCAGACCGUCCGACACAGACGAGCGGGUCGUGUUGUUUUUGCUCCUCAAGCCGGGGGUGGUCUUUACCCCGGAAUUGGUUGGUCGAGUGAAGGCUGCGAUUCGUCAGAAGCUCAGUAGUCGUCAUGUCCCGACGUUCAUCUUCGACACUCCUGAAAUUCCGACCACCGUCAAUGGGAAGAAGGUUGAGCUUCCCGUGAAGCAGAUUGUCUCCGGAAAGAAAAUCAAACCAUCCGGUACCCUGCUCAAUCCUCAGUGCCUGGACUAUUAUUACCAAUUCGCGGAAGUUGAACGGCUGGCCGCCCGGGGGAGUAAGCUCACAACUCUCAAUGGUUCCCACGACAUCGCGAUCGUACGGGCAACAGUUGAUUCUGUCCCGGCCGUGCUCCAUCUCCUAGAUACUGCAGUCAAAUGGCUGGUAUCGCAGGACAGAAUCGGGCAGUGGGGAGCAGCACCGUUUUCCGAGAAUCCAAAAAACCCCGAACGACUCAGAGAAUUUGCAACCACUGGCCAUGGUCUGUGGCUCGCUAUCAAGGUGGCUGACGAUACACCUGUGCGGGACCAAAAUCGACUCUCCGAUACGAACGCCCAAACCGUGAACGGAGACACGCCGGGUGUCGUCGUAGGAGCGCUUGCCAUUGGAGACAAAAUGCCUUACGUGCCAUCUGUCUCGGAGCCUGAGCUUUAUGUGCGGCUGUUAGUCACGGAUCGACAAUGUGCUGGCAACGGGAUUGGCAAACGUCUUUUGGACCAUGCACGCCAUGCUGCCAACAGCGCUGGAGUCUCAUUACUACGGGUGGAUUGCUACGCAGGUGGCGACGGCAAAUUGGUCCAAUAUUAUGAAUCUCAAGGUUUCAAGCGAUUGGAACGUUUGAACCUGGAAGGCGACUGGCCUUGCCAAGUGCUAGCUCAACGAUUAGACGCGGUGGAAGGAGACGAGGGACGUUGA